UUCGCCUCCUGCAGAGAUUUCUCUCUCUGUGCCGCAGCGUUCGUUGGUAGGAACGUGAUUCUGACAAGCGGCUGCAUCAUCGGGGCCUGCUGUAAAAUCAACACGUACGAGGUGAUCCCCGAGAACACCGUCAUCUACGGGGCCGACUGCCUCCGCCGGGUGCAGACGGAGCGGCCGCAGCCCCAAACGCUGCAGCUGGAUUUCCUGAUGAAGAUCUUGCCAAAUUACCAUCACCUGAAGAAGACCAUGAAGGCCCCAUCUACCCCUGUUAAGAACUGAGAAGCUCU